AGCAGGCUGUCAAGAAUUGGGCGUGAGGCUUCUAAAAACAAGUUAUUUGCUCACUUCUUACCUUAUUUUGUGACAAUAAAUUAAGGUUAUACUCAGUUUGACAAAUAUCCUCCCCGGUAGAGAAAAUAAGACAUUCUAUCUCCAUUGCUUCGUCGCUUUGCUGCAUGGUCGGCGAUGGUGUUGGACGAAGGCGCGCGGAGCUGCCUGCUUCGCUUUCGCCGCAACCUGGAACAGGACAUCAAGCCCGCCUACCUGAUGGAUCACAUGGUCAGCGACGGCGUGCUGAGCGGCGAGGAGGAGGAGAGGAUCAGCAGCCGGCCUAGCAGGAAAGAUCAGGCGGCGGCGCUACUGGAACUGCUGCUCAAGAAGGACAACAAUGCUUUUAUUUCCUUCUACAAUGCUCUGGUCAAGGAGGCGUACAACGACUUGGCCAGUUUGCUUCAGGGCGAGCUUCCUGGUGCAUCACCAAAGAGUUCUGACAUCCAAAUAGUUCUCAGUGAAGGCGGUGUCCCUCAGAGGCCAGUGGUUUUUGUCAGCCGACCCGAGCUGAUCAACCGGAUCCGGGAGAAGCUCUACCGUCUCCGGGAGGAACCAGGGUGGGUCACGGUAUUCGGCAUGGCCGGCUCGGGAAAAUCCGUGCUGGCGGCGGAAGCUGUCCGGGACCAAGGACUCAUUGAAGAGUGCUUCCCGGGAGGCGUCCACUGGCUGUCCAUCGGCCAGCUGGACAAAGCCGACCUGCUGGUGAAGAUCCAAGCGCUGUGCUUCCGUUUGGAGCAGAGCCUGGACUCCCAGCACCUCCAGCGGCCUCCCACCUCCCUGGACGAGGCCAAGGAACGUCUGCGCUUCCUCGUGUUGCGCAGAUAUCCCAGAUCUCUGCUGAUUCUUGAUGACAUCUGGGAGAGCACGGUCCUAAAAUCAUUUGAUAUUCACUGUCGCAUACUUCUGACCACCAGGAAUAGAAGCCUCACCGACUCAGUCAGCGGUGCUAAAUAUGAAGUUGAGGUUGAGAGCGGUCUGGAUGACCACAAAGGACUGGAGAUUCUCGCGCUGUACACUAGAAAAACUCCUGAAGGUCUGCCCGAGGAAGCUCGGAGCAUUGUGAGAGAAUGUAAAGGCUCCCCCCUGGUGGUCUCCCUGAUCGGCGCGCUGCUCAAAGACAAGCCCGACCGUUGGCGCUACUACCUGCGGCAGCUGCAGCAGAAGCAGUUCAAGCGCAUACGCAGGUCCUCGGCGUACGACUACGACGCGCUGGACCAGGCCAUGGCGGCCAGCAUCGAGGUGCUGCCCGACGAGCACCGCGAGCUGUACCGGGACCUCGCCGUGCUCGAACGGGACAUCAAAAUUCCUGCCAAGGUGUUGUCCGUCCUGUGGGAUCUCGAGCCCGAGGAGGUGGAGGACAUCCUGGAGGAGUUUGUCAACAAGUCUCUGCUGUUUAUGGACAGUCACAGCAGGCCGCAGCUCUACUACCUCCACGACCUCCAGCUGGACUUCUUGGUCGAGCAGAACCGCACCCAACUCGAGAACCUUCACACCAAGGUGGUGCGUCAGUACCAGCAGCACUACAGCGAAGCUCCGCCCACAUCCGGAGACGACGAGUGCCUCUACUGGAUCCGGUUCUUGACCUACCAUAUGGCCAAAGCCAACCUCUCCCAGGAGCUCUACUCCCUCAUGUUCUCUCUGGACUGGGUCGCCCACAAGGCCCAGGUACUGGGUCCCGCUCAUCUGAUCAAUGACUUUGUGGAAUAUGGACCCAUUCUGGACAAAAAGAACAGCGACGUGCGCAGUCAUUUCCAGGAGUUUUUGUCCCUCAACGGCCAUCAGCUGGAGCAGCGGCCCUUCCCCGACGUGGUCCAGCUGGCUCUGUCGCAGCCUCAGACCUCGGAAGUCUACAGGCAGGCUCUGCAGCAGGCGCGGGAACGGGCCAGUAGCGGGAAACUCUACUUUGAUUGGCUAAAUAAGAGUAGCGUGGAGAGUCUCUCCCGGCUGGUGAUCCACCCCCACCAGGGCUCAGUUUACGCCGCCUGCUUCUCCCACGAUGGGUCCAAGAUCGCCUCCUGCGGAGCCGGCAAGACGCUCAAGAUGUUUCGGAGCACGUCCGGCGAGAAGCUGACAGAGAUCCAAGCCCACGAUGACGAGGUUCUCUGUUGCGCCUUCUCCCCCGACGACCGUCUCCUAGCAACCUGCUCCAGUGACAGGAAAGUAAAGGUGUGGAACGCGGAGCGUGGCAUGCUGCUGAGGGUCUUCGAGGAGGAGCACGAGGAGCAGGUCAACCACUGCCAGUUCACAAACACGCCACGGCGCCUCCUGCUGGCCACCUGCUCCAAUGACAAGUUCUUGAACGUCAAGCUGUGGAACCUGAACAAACCCUCCUCACAGAACACCAUGUUCGGGCACUUUGAGCCAGUCAACCACUGCUGUUUCUCCCCCAACGACACUUAUCUGUCCACCUCCUCCAACGACGGCACUGUUAAGCUCUUCGAGGUGUCUUCCGCCAACGAGUGGAAGACCAUCAACGUGUGGGAGUGGUGCGCAGACGCCGGCGAGGAGGUUCCGGUCAAGUGCAGCACGUGGACGGGCGACGGCAAACGGGUGGUGUGCGCAGUCAGGAGUGCCGUGUUGGUGAUGGACGUGGAGACGUCACAGAUGCUGUUUGAGAUCCGAACGGGUCGUCUGAGCAUGGUGCAGUACUGUCACGUGUGUCCCGCCAGCAACCUGCUGGCCAUAGCCUUCUCCAACUAUGCGGUGGAACUGUGGGACCUGGAGGACAAAAAGAAGAUGGCCGACUGCAGCGGCCACCUGAGUUGGGUCCAGCAAGUCCAGUUCUCGACCGACGGCUCGCAGCUUCUCUCUUGUUCCGACGACCAGACCGUCAGGCUAUGGGAGACAAAUAAGGCGCACACCACCUCAGCCGUGCGCCUGAAAAGAGACUCUGAUGCGUUCUUCAAUCCAGGAGAAGAUGGAGAACUGAUGGUUUCGGCUGCAGACAACCGCAACAGACUGCAGGUUCGCGCUGGCAGAGCGGGUUCGCUGCUGUUUCAGUCCGAGGAGAUGGCGUGGCGGAUCCGAUGCACAUGCUUGUGCAGGAAGCCCUCCGCUGUGGCUUUUGGCACGGAGGAUGGCACCGUGCAGGUAUCAAACUGCAUAUUUUGCCCUUGUUGCGUAACUUCGACAGGUCAGCGGAAUAUGAGCAUCUUGUUCGAUUGUCCUAAGUGUUGGUGUUAUUUCUUGCGUGUGCAGAUUCUGGCCAUCCCCUCUGGGAAGGUUCUCGCCACCCUGCGGGGACACACCAGGACGGUGCUCCACUGCCAGUUCGUCCACGCCGGCCAAGCGCUCAUCACGUCAUCCGAGGACGCCACCAUCAAUGUGUGGAAGUGGCAAUCGUCUGAGUGUCUCACGCUGCGAGGCCACAAGGAGCAAGUCCGAUGCUUCUCUGUGCUGUCGCCCGCUGAAACACGACUGCUGACCUGGUCCUUUGACGGCACAGUCAAGGUGUGGCAGUUGGAAAGCGGAGAGGAGCUGCAGGACAUCGAGGCUCACCGGGGAGCCAUUUUGUCCUGUCACGUCUCCCCGGAUGGGCAUCGCUUCGCCACCACCUCUGCUGACAAGACCGCAAAGGUGUGGCACAGUGAGUCGUGGCAGCUCGUCCACAAACUCCGCGGCCACCAAGACUGCGUCCGGAGUUGCCGCUUCUCCUGGGACGGGCGACGGCUGGCGACGGGGGACGACGGUGGCGAGAUCCGGCUGUGGAGUGUCACAGAAGGCUCCUUGCUGAAGGUUUGCUCGUCAGACGGAAAGGACGGCCUGGACUCGCUGCACGGAGGCUGGGUGACCGAUCUGCACUUCUCCCCAGAUGACUACCUGCUGGUCUCCACCGGCGGCUACAUCAAGUGGUGGGACGUGGACAAAGGCGAAGCCCUGCAGACCUUCUACCCGACAGGAGGCGCACUGAAGAAGACCCACGUGUCGCCCGACUUCUCCACGUUCGUCACCAUCGACAACGUCGGCAUCCUCUACGUCCUGCAGAGGGUGGCGUGCUGACCUUUUUCCUCGCAGAACGACCGCCGUCACCAGCUGACAAAUUGCUGCUCACAGAAGAGCAGACGAGGUGCUUCAAGAUGUUUACUUCGAUCAGGUUUUUGAUUAUUAAUAAUUAUUAUUAAGACCACUCAUGCUCUUUGCAAUCAACAUUUUAUAACUUUCCUCUGAGCCGCAACAACCUUGUCAAGUGCAUUAAUCAAUGCUGUGAUGUCCGUCAUGGUUUUAUAGUUGUUUAAUUAUGAGAUUAUUUUCCGCCUGAGUACAGCAGCCUUAUUGCGUGCGCCGAGCGCGUUGUUAAAAAUUGUCCGUUUUGUCGUCUUUUGAAAGCCUUUGAUAUUUGUUGUUCUACAUCUUUUCUACAAAAAAAAAACCAAAACAUUUCCACUUGCUCAAAGACAUUUUUAGACAUAGUUCAAUCUCUUUUUUUAAUCAGCAUGUUUCACAACUGAGCCUAUACUUGACAAUCUUUCCUGUAAUACAUUAAUAGUUGUUGCCUCUUGUUGUGAUCUUUCAAUUAUUUAGUUGAAGAUGGAAAAGUAUGUGAAUAUUAAUAGGAAUGCAUUUUGUACAUCUGAGUAAUGUUAUUUCCACUGUGUGCUCUUCUGAUCGGUGCUUUAAUGUCGCCAAGAAUCAACAGAUUUUGUUAUCACGCCUGCUCAGGAUCUAUCAAUACUGUAAGUACUGCACUUUAUGAGCCAUUAAAAUUAAUCCAUGGAUUGUCAUUUGCUGAGCUAAAAUUGUCCUUAUAAAACAAACUUGACAGGGAAUGUGCUUGAUGUGUCAUUUUUCCCCAACAAGGAGCUCAAUUUUGUCAAACGUUACAUUUAAGAACGCCAAAGGGAGCGGUUACCUACAAAUAAAACCACGACGCACAAGUUUAACUUUUUG